GAGAGAGGCUAGCGCAGAGAGAUAGCUUCAUUCACCACAAUGGCUCAUCUAGCAGCAUUCUUGGUAUUUAUUUGCAGCCUUUGUGUUGUGGGCUAUUGUCAGCAAGUUGGUUAUGGGUAUCGUCUUGUCUAUAUCAGUGAUGAGCCUGAUGGGAGCUUGAUUGGAAGCUUGGAACUCAUACAAAAGACUGAUACAUACGGGCCUGAUAUUCCUCAUCUUAAACUUUAUGUCAAGCAUGAGACACAGGACAGGGUGAGAGUUCAUAUAACAGAUGCAGAGAAGAAGAGAUGGGAAGUUCCUUAUGACCUGCUUCCUAGAUCACAAGUACCUGCUCUAGAAGUAAGCCAGACUUCCAAAACAGCCAACCCAGUGUUUGAAUUCUCUGAAUUCUCAGGCAAUGAGUUGAUCUUCUCCUGCACAGCUAAUCCAUUUGGAUUUGCUAUCAAGCGCAAAUCCAAUGGAGAGGUCCUGUUCAACUCCUCUUAUGGCAGCUUGGUUUUCAAGGAUCAGUAUCUGGAAAUCAGCACAAUCCUUCCCACAUCAGCUUCACUGUAUGGGCUUGGAGAGAACACACAGCCCAAUGGGGUUAAGAUCCUUCCCAAUGAACCUUAUACUCUUUAUACAACUGACAUUGCUGCUUUUAAUUUAAACACGGAUUUGUAUGGCUCCCAUCCUUUUUACAUGGAUUUGAGAAGGGGAGGUUUGGCUCAUGGAGCUCUACUGUUGAACAGCAAUGGGAUGGAAGUUCUUUAUACUGGCAGUAAGCUAACAUACAAGGUUAUUGGGGGUUUGCUGGACUUCUAUUUCUUUGCAGGUUCUUCUCCAUUAGAGGUGGUUCAGCAGUAUACUGAGCUCGUAGGACGUCCAGCUGCAAUGCCCUAUUGGGCUUUUGGUUUUCAUCAAUGUAGAUGGGGGUACAAGAAUGUUUCCGAUGUAGAAAAUGUGGUGAACAAUUACAAUAUAUCAAAAAUUCCUCUGGAUGUUAUAUGGAAUGAUGACGACCACAUGGAUGGAGCCAAAGACUUUACUCUUGAUCCUAUAAACUACCCUGAAGAUAAGCUACGCCCUUUCCUUGAUCGAAUUCAUGCAAAUGGUCUUCAUUACAUUGUCCUCAUCGAUCCAGGUAUCAGUGUAAAUGAAAGCUAUGGUACCUUUCAGCGUGGAAUGGCUGCAGAUGCGUUUAUAAAGUAUGAAGGACAACCUUACCUGGGUCAAGUAUGGCCGGGUGCCGUCUAUUUUCCAGACUUCCUCAACCCUAAAACAGUUUCUUUUUGGGCAGACGAAAUCUCCCGCUUCCACAAAAUGGUUCCUGUGGAUGGCCUCUGGAUCGACAUGAACGAGGUCUCCAACUUCUGUACCGGAAAAUGCACCAUCGCAAAGAACCGCCAAUGCCCGGGCAUCAAAGACUGGAUGUGCUGCCUGGACUGCAUCAACAUCACAAACACACGCUGGGAUGAACCCCCUUACAAAAUCAAUUGCUCGGGAAAAAGUGCUUCAUUGGGCUAUAAUACCCUUGCCGCCAGCUCUGUUCACUACAAUGGCGUCCUAGAAUAUGAUGCCCACGGCCUCUUUGGUUUCUCACAGACCAUCGCCACACAUUCUGCCCUCAAGAACCUGCUCAACAAGCGCCCCUUUGUGCUUACUCGAUCCACCUUUGUGGGCUCAGGGUCGUAUGGGGCUCAUUGGACAGGCGACAACAAGGCCUCAUGGGAGGAUCUUGGGUAUUCAAUCUCCACGAUCCUGAACUUUGGGAUGUUUGGGAUGCCAAUGGUGGGUUCAGAUAUUUGUGGGUUUUAUCCAGACGCCAAUAAUGGCACUAAUGAGGAGCUCUGUGGGCGUUGGAUUCAAUUGGGGGCGUUUUACCCUUUCAGCAGAACUCAUUCCAAUCGGAUUAGCAAGCGGCAAGAGCUUUACAGAUGGGAUUCUGUUGCCAAAUCGGCUCGCAAGGCUCUGGGCUUGCGCUACCGCCUUUUGCCCUAUUUUUACACUCUGGGCUAUGACGCCCAUGUGACCGGGGCUCCUAUUGCCCGACCCUUGUUUUUCUCUUUCCCAGAGGACGAAACUACAUAUGGUAUAGGUACUCAGAUGUUGGUGGGACCUGGGGUGCUUUUAUCCCCUGUGUUGCACAAUUUGACUACCAAGGUGAAUGCCUAUUUCCCCAAGGGAAGUUGGUAUAGCUUGAAUGAUAUGUCCCAGGCCUUGAUGUCCAAGGGAGAAUAUAUUACACUGGAUGCUCCUAUAGAUACCAUUAAUGUUCAUGUUUAUGAGGGGUUGAUUUUGCCAAUGCAACAAGGUGGGUAUACUACUAGGGAGGCUAGGAAGACUCCUUUCACUUUGGUGGUUGCAUUUCCAUUAGGAUUUGAGUCAAGUGGUGGAAAUGCGCAAGGGGAUUUGUAUCUUGAUGGAGGUGAGGAUUUGGAUAUGAAGUUGGAAGAUGGAAAGUCUACUUAUGUGAAGUUGUAUGGUGAAUCUGAUGGGAAGAAAGUUAGAGUUUGGACAGAGGUGCAGAUGGGGCAAUUUGCUUUGGACGAAGAGUGGAUUGUGGAUAAGAUCAUCGUGUUGGGACAUUCUUCUUCAACUCAUUCUUCUCCAUCAGUUUUUGAGCUGAAUGGAGAGAUUUAUUCUUCUUCAACAUUUGGAUUUACUUAUUCCUCAUUACCUUCAAGUAAAAAUGAUGACAACCAUGUCGGAAAUAGUGCUCUAGAAUUGAGUGGAUUAGCUCUUCCUAUAGGAAAAGACUUUGAUUUGUCAUGGACUAUUACAACUAGUAACAACUAGACUCUCAUUUGGUAAGACAUGAACUUGCUAAGUGAUACCACUCACUAAUACAUCACAAUGUAAUAGCUUGAAAGUUGUCAUUGAUGUGAGAUUGUAGUUUGCAUCCCAUCAUUCCUUAUCAUAGGAAUAAGUCAAUAUCUUUUGUUCUUAAAUAUUGUCAAUAAAUUUAAAAUGCACAAAUGUUUGUUAAAGUUUGGAAAAAGGUUCAAAAUGCUUUAGAGGAAGUGUAGGUUGUGGAGAAACUUUUGGUGUUGAGAUAUUCCUCUUCUAUCAACUCUUCUUGGUCAGUUUUUAAGCUCAAUGGGUAGCUUUAUUCUUCACCAUCCUUUAGACUUACUCAUUCCUCUUCACUUUCAAGUUAAAAAGGUGGUAACCAUGUUGAAAACAAUCCAU